AUGACUCCAAUAACCUCUUCAGGAGGAAAAGCAGAAGUGUUCAGGGCCAGAAGGACAGAAUCCCGUGAUGUUUCAGAUAUUAUCAACCUCUUCAGCUAUUUUACAGAAGUCAUUUUUGGAAGGAUUGAUGUUGUAUACCUUUUAGAAAAAGCAAAUCUUGCUUUGACACUCUGCAAUGAAAAGGAUGAGGUGAUAGCUCAUGCUGCCUUUCUGGAUUAUCCAAAUUGGAAUAUCACUGAUCAGUCUGAAUGGGAAUCAUUCUUAGAUGAAAACUACAUCAACAAUAAAUGCACUCCUUUGAACACAUUGUUCAUGCAUCUUUUUGUGGCAAAAAAUGAGUAUAGAGCUGCAUGUUCCCAAGAAGUUGUUAGGAGAGCUUUUAUCACAGUCCCAGAGCUGCAGUUUAUACUUCUCUUUAUUCCAGCUGAUGAGAAUUUAGAUUUUUGUCAUUCAGAGCCAGAGAUGGGAAAUGUCUUUGAAAAGAUGGUGGCUGCUCCAGGUUCGGUAGUGGAUACAAACUUUACCUUGCUGGUGUUCCCCAGGCACCAGUAUCACCCACAGCUGCAUAUUCGCCAAGCAAGGUUGGAAGAUUAUGAUCAUCUCAUGCCAAUCUGGACACAUCAGAAUGAGACUCUGAAAGAAACCUAUAGUGAACAUUUCCUUGCUGAUCUCAUAGCACAUCAGGAUGAAGAAAACCAGGCUGUUGUCUGUGAGGAUGGUGACACUGCAGUAGGAUUCAUGAGCUUAUGUUCUCAAGUAAAUGUUUCCUUGUUUCAAGAGUGUUUUCAGCUAAGGCUGUUCCAUGGGCUCUGUAAACCACAUCCUGAAGAUAUUCUCAACAUGCCACAGCAGCCCAGCACUCAAGAAGAUGAAGAUUUAAGCAAGCAAACAAGUCAAGAAACUGAGUCUGUUUCAUCUGGAAAUGCUGAAGUUAUUCAGGACCAGGAUGCAGCUGUGCAGAAGGAUGGAGCCAUUACCAUUUCCCAUACUGACCUGCUGUUAGAUGAUGUCAAAGAUCUGAAAGCCUCAGCCACACUUCCUGAGACCAAAGAACAAGGUUCUUUUCGUCCAGUGUACAGAGGAGCUUCAAAUGCUUUCUGCAUCCAAGUGUUUUGCAUUGAUGAGAAGCAUGAAACUAGGUCGCUGGAUUUUCUGCAUGAUGUUUUCAAGCUUUUUCCGGACAAAGACUUCUGUGUCAUCCUAGUGCCACAUCAUGUCCCAGAGUCCCACCUGCUCCGGAGUUUUGUUCGGGUUGUGCCUUUCUUUACUUCCAGACUCGAUCGUGAGCUUUACCUCUUCCACCGUGCAGCAUUGAUCAAGUCAUUUAAUGUAAGAAAGGCAACAACCAAUGACCUGCUUGGUGUCAAAAUGCUCCUUAAAACCCUCACUUUGAAAGAAAGUAUACUGAAUGACUUCAGGAUAUUUACUCUGGCUCGCCGAGAUCCAGAUGGGAUCCCAGUACAGACUUUUGUAGCAGAAGUCAUGGAUCAAAUAGUUGGCAUUUCUGUCAUCAGAGAUGAAAUGGAUAUUGAGUAUAUUCGAUCACAUUACAACAUUGAAGAUUUUAUUAGCUUCAAUCACUACCAGCAAGAGGAACAUGGCCAUCUUUACUACUUUGCUUUAAAUCCUAUAUUUCAUCACUAUGCAAAACACUUUCUGAAGGAGAUUCUUCGCUUGGCCCACAAAUCCUGUCUUUACUAUCCUAUUUAUCCACAGCAUGUGGAAGACAAGUUUCAGAAUCCCCGUGCCCAUUCCCUGACAUCUGCCCUUCAUUACAUGGUUCCCGUGCGACCGAGACGACAGAUUGUCUAUCCUCUGGAAGAGCUUGGCAUAAACGCUCCAUCAGAGCAGGUCUCCAAGGAUCAGCUGAGUUAUUCUUUGAAUCACAUAAACCGAAAGCUGGUGCUGGACUGGAAGGUGUCUGUCAACACUAGAAUUGUGGUGGUUGGUGCAUCUGAUGUUGGAAUCUCUUUUCUGGAAACACUCAUUUUUUGUCCACAUCUGAAGUUCAACAACCUGACCUUGAUUUCAAUUCAUGGCCUUCCAGGAAAAGACCUACCUGGCUCUAAACACAGAAGAUUUUUAAUUAACAGCCACUGUUUUAAUGAUGAAGAUUAUGCACAGAUGUCACUUUGUUCCUGGGUUAACGUGGUGGUUGGUAAAAUGACCAGCAUCAAUCGCCCCGAAAAAUACGUGGUGGUGUCCAAGGAGAUAAAGGUACCAUACGACUACCUUGUUCUCUGCACGGGGCAGAGAUACCAGGUCCUGUCUCCCACUGGAGCAGAUAUCAGUAAACUCCCACCUAACAGGGAAGUCCUCAGUAAGUGGCCACAGAGGUACACAGGGAAAGUCCCUUUCAAUUAUUUUACCCUCAAUGAUGACCAGGAUUGCUUGAAGGCACUGCAGUGGCUGAAGGAGAACGUUGUAAGCACGGAAGGGAACAUCAUUGUCUAUGGGCAUACAAUUGACAUUUACACCACGGUCGAAACCCUCUUAUCUCUUGGAAUUAAUGGUUCUCGCAUACAUCUGGUGCAGCCUCCGCUCAGCUCCAACCUUACUCGCCUUAACAACAGCGAAAUCGAAAGUGCCGUUCAGGAGGCACUGUCAGAGGCUGGCGUGGCUGUUUAUUAUGACAGCAUCCUGGCAGAGUGGAGCCCAGGCGAGGACCCAGGCCUGAUCACCAGCGCUGCCUUCACUGCUGCUGCACAGCCCUUCACAUUGCAGUGCUCGGCAUUUUUUAGCUUUGCCUACAGGGCAGUGGAUUAUGAAACCUUUAAGGCAAUUAAUGAUGCUUGCCUGGUGUUUGAUGGAAGCCUUGUGAUCGAUAGCAAAUUCCGCACUAACGAUGGCAGCAUCAGGGCCGCAGGUCCCUUGACAAAGUACUCCAGGAGAUACUAUGCAGAUGGAUGGACACACAGCAACUUCAAUUCAAAGGAGAUCGGCUCUGAGCUCGCUACAUCUAUGCUGGAUCUCUUUGAUCCAACCCUUAAGCCAUUUUCUAAGCCAGCAGAAGGCACAGAGAGACUCCUUCCCAUGUACAAAGGGUGUAAAGUUAAAGGAGGUGUUCUUCCUGGAAGUUAUAAUUACUUGCAUAUUUCCAAACCAGAAAUCCCCUUGGACUUAGAACCUGCAAUGUGUGACCAUGGGAUGGAGAUUAUAACAGGAGAGGCAAGACGUGGGAAUUAUUUCCGGAUGCAUCUGAACAAGGACAGCAUGGUGGAGAGCAUCACCUGCUUUUCAAAGGAGCCCUUUCCUGUCUCCAACUACAUUUGCUUGUAUGGGCAGCACGAGCAGCUUCUCAAUGACCUUUGUUAUCGCUGGAAUGAUGGGCAGAUUACAGAUCUUUACAGCUACUUCAGGGAACCUUGGUCCAUGGCCAUCUAUCACGAUCGGUUUAUUGAUCUCAAGAAGGAACUGCGCCAAAUCCUGGUGUUGGAACAGGUUGCCGGACUGCCCACUGCCGCCAAGUCGACCCCAGAGGACCUCACAGAGCAGAGUCCCUGCCCUCCGCAGCUGCGGGACCCCAUCCUUCGCUACCUGCGCCGCCAUCGCUACCACCUGCCCAUGUACACCCCGGUAGAGACCGCCGCCACCGGACCCUCGCCCGCAGCAGGUGAGACGGCAGCGCCGGGUCCGCAGGACAGCGGCAGCACGCUUGCAUAA